AUGUCUGCCUCUGUCUCUGAGGGUGGUGGAUCUACCACCCAAGGGAGCCCUCCAGAGAGCGAGGCCCAGGACUCAGGCAGGGGGCCCCCCGUUGUAACCACCGUCUCGCCUGUCAACAUCCCAAACCACCACUCACUCUACCGAAAGCCCCUCUACUUUGAAGACGGCGGGUUAUCCGGGUCUCAGCGCACCUUGUCCACCCUGCCAUCCAGGGGUUCAGAUGAGAGUGCUGAAAUCUCCAAUGUGCAAACAACCCUUGUAAUGCAUGCAAUAGCAGCCACUUCUCACUCCAAUAACCCUGUUCCAGUCACCAGCAGGGCUCCACAACAUGCUGCCAGCCUUGCAUCUGCUGGUCCUGCUGCAAAGGAGAAAGAUGUAGUGAGGCCCGGUCAGCCUGGACUGAAGCCCAAUGGCAGUGAUGAGGAGGAAACAACCACCACCAUCAUCACCGGCGUGCAGAGUCCAGUUGCCUGCCAGCUGAACUUGACUGGGCCAGAAGGAUACAUAGAGGCUCCGCCACAGUCCAGCUCUGCUCUUCACUCCACUGUGGACUGCAGCUAUGUCAUCACUGUCUAUAUGGGCUAUGGUGUGGAGGUGCAGGUGUUGAAUGUGAAUCUAUCUGAGGGAGACAAGGUGGUGUUUGAAGAUGUGGGCCACGGGGAGAACACCAUGCUGGCCAAUGAGUCCAUUCUGAUGAGGGGGUUGGUAGUGAGAAGCCACAGCAAUCAGAUCUCUAUCCGCUUCCACAACCAGAGGUCUCGGGUUGGAUCAGUGCUGCUCAGAUACCAAGCCUUUGUGUUGAGCUGUGUCUUCCCCCAGAGGCCUCUCUACGGUGACGUAUCAGUGAGCAGUCUCCACUCUGGAGGUGAGGCUUUCUUCUCCUGCUUGACCGGCUACCAGCUGCAAGGCUCCAGUGUGCUGACCUGCCGCAAUGCUAGCACCCCCUAUUGGUGUGGCAAGGAACCACACUGCCUAGCUGCUUGUGGUGGUUUGAUCAGGAACAUCACAGUUGGCCGCAUCGUCUCUCCUGGUUUUCCCAGCAACUAUAGCAACAACUUGACCUGCCACUGGCAGCUGGAGGCCCCUCGGGGCCACAGAAUACAUGUCCACUUUGAGAAGGUGGCGCUGGCUGAGGAUGAUGAUCGGUUGCUGAUAAAAAAUGGUAACAACAUAGAUGCAGCUGCCCUGUAUGACUCAUAUGAGGUGGAGUAUCUUCCCAAUGAAGGUCUACUUAGCACGUCCAGGCAUCUCUUCACCGAACUGACUACAGACGCUACAGGCACAUCCACUGGCAUUGCCAUCAGGUACCAAGCCUUCGCAGCAGGCCACUGCUACGAACCCUUCGUGAAGUAUGGUAACCUGACCAGUAGCGACAACACCUGGGCAGUGGGAGCUGUGGUGGAGUUUGCCUGUAACCAUGGCUAUACCCUUGAACAGGGAUCUGUCACUAUUGAAUGCAUGGACCCCAAGAAUCCCCAGUGGAACGAGACCGAGCCUGCCUGCAGAGCUGUGUGUAGCGGCGAGAUCACAGACUCAGCUGGAGUGGUGCUGUCUCCUAACUGGCCUGAAGCCUACGAUAAAGGCCAGGACUGUAUCUGGGGAAUCCACGUUGAGGAGGACAAGAGGAUCAUGGUGGACAUUCAAGUGUUGAACAUUGGGAAGAAUGAUCUGUUGACCUUUUAUGACGGAGAUGACCUUACAGCUAAAGUACUGGGUCAGUAUGGAGGAUCAAAGUCCAUAUUUAAGCUCUACACCUCCACAGCAGACCUCACCCUCCAGUUCCAGUCUGACCCUGCCACCAACGUCUACGGCUAUGGAAAUGGCUUCAUAGUCCACUUCUUUGAAGUAGCUCGUAAUGACACCUGCCCCGAGCUUCCAGAGAUCUCUAAUGGCUGGAAGAGUUCAUCUCAUCCUGAGCUGGUUCAGGGCACCGUGGUGACCUACCAGUGUUACCCUAGUUAUCAGGUGGUGGGCGCUGAGCUUCUCAUGUGCCAAUGGGACCUCACCUGGAGCGGCGACCUACCAAGCUGUGAAAGAGUGUUGUCUUGCGCUGACCCUGGCAAGGUGGAGCACAGCAGGCGGGUGCUGUCAGGUCCCCAUUUCACCGUGGCUUCAACCAUCCAGUAUAUUUGUAACAAGGGCUUCACUCUGUCUGGAAACAGCCUGCUCACCUGCUUCAACCGAGGGUCCAUGGGCCCCAAGUGGAACCAGAAGCUGCCGGGAUGCCUGCCUGAGGUGUUUGAGCCCUGCGGUCACCCAGGAACACCGACCUAUGGGAUCCCCAGCUCCAACAAGCUCCACUUCCAGGCUGGAGAGACUCUCCACUACUCCUGUCUGCCUGGCCACCAACUGCUGGGCGAGCCUGUACUUCACUGUGUCCCUGGACACCCUUCCCAGUGGAGUGGGCUGCCUCCUGUCUGCAAGGCACAUCCGGCGGAGUAUGAUGAGCACAGAUUAGAUGUGUCUGCAAACCUAAGAAUGGAGGGGGCCCAAGUAGCAUUUGCUGUCUUCAUCCCUAUCACCUUCCUCCUCAUCCUCAUCAUUGGGAUCUACCUCUACUUCUCAAAGGUUCAGAAGAAGUCACUGCAGCUCUCCCUGUCCUCCGACCUACCAUAUGAAAACAUCACUGGAGAAUCUACAUUUGACAACUCAGUUUAUGAGACAACACAAUGCUCAUCAACCGGCUAUAGUGCGGCUCUGAAGGUGAGAGUGAAAGUGGCCUGCGCCUCCAGCUGUGUCAGCUUCACAGCACCUCACGCUGCAGUGACGGAGGCCCCAGUUUCCUAG